CAGCUUUGGACUUUGCUGCCUUUUGAUAGUAUUCUACAGUCUUCACCACAACAGUAAGGAAAUAAGUGCCUGAAACAUUCUUACACACAGCCUGGAGCUCCGUAAGAACAAAAAAUAAUAGAAGAAGAAGGAGGGCCGAGUUAACCUUUUUUAAUAACUAUUCCUGGGAAAGGUGUGCCUAUGAGUAGUAAAGAGAAUCUUGAGUUCAACUAUACUUUAAUGUGGAUACUUUAAAAUGGAAAUGCCGGUGAGGAAUACUGAUGGAAUUUCAAAUGCAGCAUUUAAUGCAGAAGUAAAUGAUUAUGAUGAUGUUGGAAUAAGCGAACCGAAAAAAGAUUUUAUUUAUGAUGAUGUUGGAAAUAGCAAAGAGAAGAAUAAAAAACAAUCAAAUUUUAUAAGCAAAGUGGCCAAACCAUAUGACAAAGCUGCAGAGUUCAGCAAGAAGCAUUCCCAUAUUCUGAAAUUCAUUGUCAUUGGAAUUCUUUGUGCAGGGUAUACAGCCUUCUUUAUUGCAGCAUGUGUACUGAACUUUAAUCGUGCCAUUGCCUUACUGGUGAUCACCUGCGUGGUCCUCUUCUUCUUGACUUAUGACUGCUUGAUGGCACGGUUUGGCAAGCAUAUGAAACAUUUCUUUAAACCACUUGGCCAAUGCUUGAAGAAGAACAAAAUAUGGAUAAAGUGGGCAUUUGCUGCAUUAGUUCUUAUUGGAUUGAUAGUCUGGUUGGCAGUGGACACAGCCAAGAGACCUUCUCAACUUAUAUCAUUUGGAGGUGUCUGUAUGUUUGUCAUUUUUCUCUUCAUUGUGUCCAAGCACCACCGUGCAGUGUCCUGGCGAGCAGUAUUUUGGGGUCUUGGACUAGAGUUUGUUUUGGGAAUUUUUAUUAUUCGAACUGAGCCAGGUUACCAGGCCUUUAACUUUCUUGGUCAACAAAUUCAGAUUUUCCUGAAUUACACAGUUGCUGGCUCAGGGUUUGUUUUUGGGCAAACCUUAGUUAAAGAUGUCUUCGCUUUUCAGGCUCUUCCUAUAGUCGUGUUUUUUAGCUGUGUGAUGUCCAUCCUUUACUAUGUUGGGCUAAUGCAAUAUGUAAUUCUUAAGAUUUCCUGGCUCAUGCAAGUAACAAUGGGGACCACAGCUACGGAAACAUUAAGUGUGGCUGGUAACAUUUUUGUUGGACAGACAGAAGCUCCAUUGCUAAUUCGUCCCUACUUACCACACAUGACAAAAUCGGAAAUCCAUGCUGUUAUGACUGGGGGUUUUGGAACCAUUGCUGGCAGUGUCAUGGGUGCAUACAUUUCAUUUGGUAUUGACCCAUCUUCACUUAUUGCAGCGUCUGUCAUGGCUGCUCCAUGCGCUCUUGCCCUUUCUAAGUUGGUUUACCCUGAAACAGAAGAAUCAAAGUUCAAGAAUGAAGACGGUGUCAAGAUAGAAAAGGGGGAAGAAAGAACUAUACUGGAAGCUGCCAGCAAUGGUGCUGCUGCCUCUGUGGGUCUGGUUGCAAACAUUGCAGCCAAUUUAAUUGCAUUCAUGGCCUUACUUGAGUUCAUUAAUUCUGCUUUCUCCUGGCUGGGAGGAAUGGUGAACUAUCCACAACUCACAUUACAGCUAAUUCUUUCCUACAUCUUCAUGCCUGUGGCCUUCAUGAUGGGAGUAGAAUGGGAUGAAGCAGGUCCAGUCGGUGAGAUGUUGGGGACAAAGAUCAUUUUAAAUGAAUUUGUGGCAUAUCGAAUGCUGGCUGAUUAUAAGGAUAAUCGUCUGCAAGGUCUUGAAGAAUGGAUGGAUGGAUCCAGACAGUGGAUUUCGGAACGAGCAGAGACCAUCACUACCUUUGCCCUUUGUGGGUUUGCCAAUAUCAGCUCCAUUGGGAUCAUGUUAGGAGGGCUGUCAUCUAUGGCUGUGGAGCGCAAAGGGGACCUUGCCAAAGUAGUAGUUCGGGCUUUGAUGACUGGAGCGUGUGUCUCCUUUGUUAAUGCAUGUAUUGCAGGAAUUUUGUAUACUCCAAGAAACACUGUAGACUGCAUACCAUUUCUUGGAGACACAGAAGCUUAUGUGAAUAAAACCUACUCUCUUUAUGUCUGUUGCAAGGACAUUUUUGGGAGCACUGAAAAUAUAAAUGGGACUCUGUCUUUUGUAAGUAAAUGGGAAAAUGUAACACACUCCACUACGGCUCUGAGAAAUUGCUGCUCAUUUUACAACAGUACAGUUUGCACUGGUUUGUAAUCGGCUUCAGCUUUUUAUUUUUUCACUUAAUAAAUGGGACAGACAAACACCGAAUGACAUCAUCAUCAGAAAUGACUGGCAUUGGUAAAACACUUUUUGGGAAAGCUGGUAUCAGCCAUGUGUAUAACAGAUUUAUAUUGUAUGUACAGAAUGACAGCCAUAUCAGCCAUCUACAUUUCAUAUAUAAUACAGUGAAGUGGAAGCUUGCUUUUUGGCUGCACAUAGAAGACACUUCACAUUUUAGGACAGCUGAAACUAUCUGACUGCACUUUAUUCCAAAGAUACAAACAUUUCACUAAAUGUUUAACGGUCAAAUGGGAUGAGGCCAAAUCACUUUGUUCCAAAAUACAAGGAAAAUGCUUGUGUAACAUAUGUAUGUAAUGUAUAUCAGAUACUGUAUGUCAUAAAUGUUAACACUAAAAAAGAGAAAAUCUUCUUUCCAUCAUGUGGGUGUUUACAGGUUUUUCACUUUUUAAAAACUGCAGCAGGACCAUGAUAAAACUCCACCACUGGGAGAGUCAGCACCAAAUGUGGUUCCAAAAUAACUGUCACUUACAUGAUUUACUUUUUCAAUGUGUUUUAGUCACUCUAUAUUUAGGCAGUUUGUGUUUUUCACAUUACAAAUGAUGUCAAAAAAGAAAUCAUUGACCCACAAGAUCUUUGAAUCAUAUGAUGAUUUGUGAUGAAAAUAAACUCCACAUAAUGUACCGACAUUAAAGGUGGAACUCUCUCACUUUUAACUCCCGUAAUACAACACUUUGAUGGGGUACGACUGCUCCAAGAAAUAAUUUCAGGAAAAAAAUCCUUGCAACAGUAAGGCUGGGUUUGUACAGGGUAAAAUCAAAACAGAAAAAUGGCAGUAAAAUACUUUUCAUAGUGGCAUUUAAAAAAAAAAAAUAAUAAUCUAAUAAGACUAAUAAAGUCUGUAGAAAAGCAUCUGUCAGUGCGCCCAUUGUAUUAAAAAAUUGCCACUAAUUCCAUUAUAUUUUUAUUAUUUUUUUGAACUAUACAAUAAAGUGUGUUAAAGGGGUACUCCGGUGAAAACCUUUUUUCUUUUAA